AUGAUGGAUUUCAUUCAUCUUGUUAGCCCGACGGAUAUCAGGGAAGUCGCCAUCGAAGGCCCUUUGAUUGUCGAAGAAGUCGUUUUUACUCCUCCUCAAGGAGCAUUGCUGGACCCGGUUCCUUCAUAUGAGCAGGCAACAAUCUCCGGAGUUGUCCCCGUGGCUGAUCUACAACGGUUGAAUUUAGGAACGUCAAGUAAAUCACCGUCCAUGGGACCUGGUCCACCUCAACCUGCUCCGGUUCCGUCGCCUUAUUCCGUGCUCACUCCGACUCCUGCUCCCCCUCAGAUCGGACUCUCUUCUUCCAUAAUCAAUCAGCCAAUGCCCGGCAUUCCAGCACCUGCCGGUACCAUAAAGGAGGCGUCAGAGUUGCCACAGAAUCGCUCACAGUCCAAUUCUGUAUCUCUGAAUCCCUUCGAGCAGAGCAGCUCCUCUGGCAAACAGCCGAUAUACGAAAAUACACCUUCGUACGUACCGACGCCAUUCCAACAGGCUCAGAGCACAUCAUCGUCGUCGAGUGCGACCCCAUUACUUUACAGUCUCCUCCUGAAACACCCUACCCUUCUCAGUCCUCUAUACAGCCCCCACAACCACAGCAGUUCACUACUCAACCUAUUCAGCCGUAUCAGUCACCUCCUUACCCAACGUUCUUCCCAAAACAAUGGACUGCCUAUUCUUCUACUUUCCAUCAAGCUCAAUGGGCCUUCCCUAUCAUUCUAG